UUUUGACGUAUACCAAUGAAAAGUCACGUUACAUAUUUGUCCUUAGAAACUGCAAUGGCGUCAAAAUGGAGGAACUAUCACUAACAAAAUUUUACUUGAUGAAAUUUUCUCAUGAACAAAAAAAUAUCAGCUCAAUCAACUAAUUAAACAAGACUUUUGAAUUAUAAAACUGUUUUUCCGUAUAAAAUAAUGAUGUAAAAAUAUUGAUUAUGUCACUUACAAAAGUAGUAAAAGUUGAGGAAGUUGAAAAACGACCAGAUUCAUAUGUAUUGGGAGAAAGGUUUUCAAGUCAAGAAAAAUUUAAUAAUGCAGUUCAAGAUAUUGAAGCCACAUUUAUUGGUUCAAGUGGUGAUGGUCUAAAUGAAGAGGAUCUUUCUGAAACUGCAGAUAAAGUUUAUCCACUGCCUGAAGACUGGCCAAAGAUACCACAAAUAUUUCGUCGUAAGAGUUGUGAACUAACAAAAGCCACCUCACCAUGUGUAAAGAAGGCAGUUUCUCAUCUAGAACUUAUACAAAACAUAAUAGAAGAGUGGUUCAAAGAAAGAGAUGAUGAACAGAAGAGUAGGCCAUGUUCUGUAAGACCAGUUGCAAGUAAAAAACAGUUGAGAUUUUCUGCUGCUAGUGGACAUCAUAAUGUCAUCAAAACAGCAGGAAGUGCUAAAGGGAGACAAAGUGCAGCAUCGGGUCGGACAACGAUAUCACUUUCAUCAGCCAAUCAACUUUCAAUCUCAGGAAUUGGGGCCAUUCAAGAAGAAGAUAGUGCCUUAUUACCAUAUUUAGGGGCUGAAGAUGUGUUGGAUGAAGUUGUCACCCUACUUGCCAGAUUAGAAAAUGAUAGAAUAGAUAUUUUAAAAGCACUUGAAAAUGAGAAACUAAAAGUUGUAAGACUGAACGACAAGAUAGACCAUCUAUGUUUAGUCAGGAUGAGGGAAUUACCAAUAGCUGUACAAAGAGAACAUGAAGCCUGUAUCAUGGAUUUAAAUGAACUUACAUGGCAUGUUUCCUACAGUAGUAGAACAGAGAAAAGAAUUCACCAGAGAACUCAUACUGCUGAAGUUAAUAACCAAAGAUUAAAAGAAGAAAUAACUUUUGUGCAGAGACACAUACCUCUAGUAAAAGAAAAACUACAAUUAGAGAUACAGGCAAUGGAAAGUAUAAAGAAUGCACAGUCUAAGACCUAUGUAGAAUUAGAUAAUACUCAGAAGAGAAAGAAUAAAACAGAAGCAAAAUCCAAUGAUGCUGUGGAAAAAGCUACAACAGAAAGAAAUCAUAUAAAACGGGAACUUGAUGUAGUUAAAGAUUCAUUGGAUAAAAUAAAUGAUGAUUAUGCUCAGUCAAGAUUGACAUUUGAUACAUACACCAAACAGAUCAAUGACAUCAAGGCCAAACUUAUCGCAAAUGAUAUGGAAAUCAAAGUCCUUCAUGUCAAAAAUGAAAAUGCUAAAGUUGCUGAGGAAAUGAAGGCCAAACAGGUUAGGGAGCUACAAACACAGAUCACAGAAGCUGAAUUUGAACACGAUCGACUAGAUAAUGAAAACUUACAGUUACAGAGCGAACUGGACACUAGAAAACAUAAAAUGAACAAAAGAAUAUCAGAGUUAGAAAGAGGAGCCAAUGUCAGAGAUGCAAGGCUAAGAAACAUCGUAUUAAAGAAUAAAGAGGCUGAAAUGGAAGUUCAGGACUAUAUGGAUAAAAUUAGUGAAUGCCAAAGACAAAAGGUGGCAGAUGAGAAGAACAUCUCUCGUAUCCACAAAGAAAAGGCCAGAUUACAACAACAAAUGGCUGUAACAGAGGAUGAAUAUAGCAAGAUAUCAGUCAUUAACUCUGCUGUUAGAGAUCAAUUGUUAGGGGAACAGGAAAAAGCCUUUAAAAUGGAGGAAUCACUCAAGGCAACUGCUGAAACAUUGCGGAGACAAGUGAAGGAUGAAAUGCACACAAAAUCUGUCCUUGUAGCCAGGAUUAAUUCUGAUUCUACUGAUCUUGUCAAGUAUAAGAAAGAUACAACACAAAAAAGAGAUAAGGCACAAAAAGUAGCCAAUGAAGUACUAACAGCUGUUACCACUGUUCUAACUAAAGUAGAAAAACUCAGAUCAACAAAGAGGGAAAAAACAGAGACCAAGGAAAAAAUAAGACAACAGAUGGAAGAGACAGAAAAACAGAAAGAAGAAUCAAGGAAUAAGUUUAUGGAACAAAUUAAUAACUUGGAACCUCACCAUACUCACCUUAAGGAUGAUGUGACAAAGUUAGAGAAGAGAUUGGACUACAUGGAAUGGAAGACAGAACAAAUGAACAAACAAAUACAUGAUAUGGACAGGGAAGAGGUCACCUUUAAAAAACUAGUGAACAAUGCAGAAAAAGCUAUAGUUGACUUAGAAGAAAGACGACAAGAACUAGAUUUGCAAAUGGAAGCUUUGAAAAAGAUUGAAGAUGACCUGAAGAAAAGCUAUGAAGAAGUCCUAGGAAGAAUCAGAGACAAUGAAGCAUCCCACAGAAAAAUGAUAGAACAACGAAAGAAAUUCCUAGGAGAAUCAGAGGUGCAGAAAUCUCGCAAACUGGAGAUAAACAAAGAGCUGGCAUCUAAAUAUAGACAGUUACAGAAUGAACACAUGAUAGUCAAAGAUAAAAUGAUGAAUAACUUUGAUGACCGGGUUAAGAUUGAAGCACACAUCAAAGACACUACACAGUUACAAGCUUUACAGAGGAGGAUGCAUGUUGCCAUGUUAGCUUACUUGAAGUAUAGAGGACUUUACAACAGAUCUGAACUGGACAGGAUGGAGACAGAAACUGACCAAAACAGUGAACAAGUACAACAUCUACAGGUCAAGAUGGACGACGCUAUAAAACAAAUCACAGAGUUCCUCCAGACUCAAGUACAAGGUGGUGCUGCAGCUAAACGUGUGGCAUGGGGGUCUGUAGGGAAAACCUCCAGAGGAGUUGGACUUUCACAGCCUCCAAGUAGACAACCAACUGUUGUUGAGGCAUAAAUUAUAGCAUUUACAUGUUGUACUGAAAUAUUAUCAAACUUUAAGUGUGGAUCUGAGGCUUUAAAUGCUAUAAUUUUUUAAGACAUGUUUUUAGAAAUAUCUUUUUAAGUCUACUUUGUCUAAACUUCAAAUGUAGGGAUUUAUGCUGGUAAAUACAUUUCCUUCAUUGAAAAAAAAUAAAAAAUAUAUAUAUUGUAGAUUUUAAAAUGAAAAUUUAUCUUGCAAAAAGCCAUUUUACUAUAUAUUCAAAGCAAAAGUACAUGUAUCAACAUUUAGAUGCCAUAGUUGUGUAGUGUAGAAAUAUUGUCUGAUUGUAUCCUGCUUCUAUUGGAAGGGAAUGGUGAUGAUCAAAUUAUUAUGUAUGUUGAUUUUCAUGGUUUCUAAAAAGUCCAUGUUAAUUUCUAAGAAAAAUAAGAUAAAAACAGGCAUAUAAAACUUAUCAUUUGUCUGCAAACAAUGUCUGAAAAUUUUACUCAGUUGAAAUCAAAGAAAGCUUAACAAGUCUCUACUUUCUUCCUGCUUAAAAAACUUGUAUUAAUAAAUUUCUUUUAGACAAUGUAUGUUUAUUGUAUACAUAAGAAUAUUUGAUGUUGAUAUCAUAUAUUAAUAUAAUAAAUGGAAUAGAUAAGAAACUUGGUAAGGUAAAAAAAAAAUGAAAGGAGCAUUUUAAAGAUAUCUUAGGGUUUCUUAUGCAUGCAUGGUUAUCUGUCCUUUGUAAUGUUUCUUUCAAGGUAUAUAUGCUUUGUAUUUAUAAGAAUUUUGUAUUCUGAAAAUUAUUAACUUUAGUUGUUGGUAUGUAUUUUCUUAGAGGUUUUUGGUACAGGCAGGGUUCUCAGAAACAGUGUUUUUGCAAUUAUAAUGUUGAAAAUGUAAUGUUUUGUUUAUAUAUACUAUAUGAAAUAUUUUUUUGUGAAGAAAGAAAGAAAUCUUGCAACUUGUCACAGUACUAUAAACCUCAAGCAUACAUGGAAAAUGGGUUCAUUUACAAUUUUGUUUGUAAUAUAAAGUAGCUUUUUUUAAACAGCUAUAAAUUUGUAUUUUUUCUGUUUUUGAGAAGAAAAGAAAAUAUUGCAAAGUUUUAUAGAAGUGCACAUAUUUUCCUUUGAAAUCCUAGUUCUUUAUAAUGAUUUGUAUAAUUUUAUGAGACAAACAGAAAAUUUGUUUUCUAUGAUUUUGUAUUAAUUUAAUAUUUAUUUUCACUUUAAUUGAAAACAUUGUUAUUUUAAUUUCAGAAUAUUUACAAAUAAACAAGGUUAUUUAUAUUUAUACAUGAUUUAACUGCUGAUUAUUGAUGCCUAUACAAAAGUUAUGAUUGCCUUUUUCUUUGUUAGUUGAUAGCUUUAAAAAAUUUCAUACAACAAAUGUAAGUUUUUAACAACCUUGACUGGCUAUACAGUCCUUGCACGGUCGGUAAAAACAAUUCAUAUUGAACCAAAUGUCUAAUUUAUAAUUUUUAAAACAUCCUAUAAUUUUUAUACUGUUCCGUCCUUAUAGCAUUUUUCAAAGUGCCUAAUUGUGAUUUUUGACUAUGUGCUCCUUUAUUUCUAGCAUUGCCAAUGUACAAGUGUUUCUACACUUGGAAUUCUGUGAUAAAUUUGUGCUAUUUAUGUUGAUAUGUAAUAAAAAAAAAGAUAUAAAUGUC